GGUGCAGUUCUCACAGGAGGGGAAGGGGGAACUGGAAUAAAGCCUGUAAAAUGACACGCUUUCAUUCCCUGGUCCUUUCAGGGAUGCUGCGGGCAAAUACCCACUGCUACUGGGAAACAAUCUUGUGGAUUAUAUCAUAGGAUUAUAGUGAAUAUUAUAGUUGAGCAAAUUUUGGCUGUGGGAGGAAUGCAGGGAAUGCAUUAGCGGGUAACACUGUAUUUUUGGCUGUGAGUCAGCAUAAGGCAAUGUACACUGUGGCUCAUCCGAAUUACUCUGCUGUUGAUGCGUUUCUCCCUUCUAUUUGAAACAGCGGUUUUCCAGCACUGCUCCUACCUCAUUGCCAUCUUCGUCCCCUCAACGAAUACCGUGUCCCACCGCGCACCCACACGCAGGGACGCGCUGGCGGGCGCAGCACAGCAGUGCUGCCGCACAGCCCGGUUACAGACGUCCCUGCAGGAACCAUCUGGCUCUUGGCUGAAUUAAUGCCUUUCUGACCCUGAUCUGCUGUGUCCUCCAAGAGUGUAUUUUCAUUAUCUCACAAGAGCAGAAAAUGAACUAUGUUUCUCGUGUGCUGAACUCCACCUUAGAUUGUCUUAUUGCUGCACAUUGAGAACUUCAUAAAAAGUAGGAAGUCAAGAUGAAGAGCAGGGUGACACAAGUGAAUCAUGGUUCCAGUUAUGAAAGGAAAGAAAACUAUGAUUCCUGCCAAAAGAGUUUGUCUCCAGAGGACAGGGAUACUGAGCAUGACAGGUCUCCAUCUCCCAGAAGGAGAAGAUACUCUGAUGACAGCAGAUAUGAUCAGGAAUAUUCAAGAAGGGAAUACUAUGAUGACAGAACUUCAGAAGGAAGAAGGAUGGAAAGGGGGAGAGAGAGACACCAUGAAAAAUGGGAGGAGAGAGAAUCUGAUCGAAGGAAGCAGAGAAGGUAUUCAUCACCUGAUCGUAGGAGUCCAGAGAGGUCAACAGCGCAGAGCUCACUUGCUCAGGAUGAGACCACUUCAAAAAAGAAGAAAGAAGAAGUGGAUCCAAUCCUUACUCGCACAGGUGGUGCAUAUAUUCCUCCUGCCAAACUCAGGAUGAUGCAAGAGCAAAUCACUGAUAAAAAUAGCUUGGCAUAUCAGAGGAUGAGUUGGGAAGCCUUGAAGAAGUCAAUCAAUGGUCUUGUCAACAAAGUGAAUGUUUCUAAUAUAGAAAAUAUCAUUCAUGAGCUCCUUCAGGAAAAUAUCGUUCGGGGAAGGGGAUUGCUAUCUAGAUCCAUUCUGCAAGCUCAAAGUGCCUCUCCAAUUUUUACCCACGUUUAUGCAGCUCUCGUGGCAAUUAUCAAUUCAAAGUUUCCAAAUAUUGGUGAAUUGAUUCUCAAGAGGUUAAUACUUAAUUUUCGCAAAGGAUAUCGCAGAAAUGAUAAGCAACUCUGUCUAACAUCUUCAAAAUUUGUUGCACAUUUGAUGAACCAGAAUGUGGCUCAUGAGGUUUUAUGUUUGGAAAUGCUCACUUUGCUUCUUGAAAGGCCUACUGAUGACAGUAUUGAAGUAGCAAUUGGAUUUAUUAAAGAGAGUGGCCUCAAAUUAACAGAAGUUUCUCCUAGAGGUAUUAAUGCAAUCUUUGACCGUCUUCGACACAUUCUGCAUGAAUCAAAAAUUGAUAUGCGUGUUCAGUAUAUGAUAGAAGUCAUGUUUGCUGUACGGAAGGAUGGCUUCAAGGAUCAUCCGAUCAUUCCAGAAGGAUUAGAUCUAGUGGAAGAGGAGGAUCAGUUUACUCAUAUGUUGCCGUUAGAAGAUGACUACAACCCAGAGGAUGUUCUUAAUGUUUUCAAGAUGGAUCCAAACUUUAUGGAGAAUGAAGAGAAAUACAAAACGCUGAAGAAAGAAAUUCUUGAUGAAGGUGACAGUGAAUCUGAAGCAGAUCAAGAGGCUGGAAGUAGUGAGGAAGAUGAAGAUGAUGACGAAGAGGAGGAUGAAGAUGGUCAGAAAGUUACUGUCCAUGACAAAACAGAAAUUAACCUGGUGUCCUUCCGUCGUACAAUUUAUCUUGCUAUUCAGUCAAGCUUAGACUUUGAAGAAUGUGCUCACAAAUUGCUGAAGAUGGACUUUCCUGAAAGUCAGACUAAAGAACUCUGCAAUAUGAUACUCGACUGCUGUGCUCAGCAAAGAACGUAUGAGAAAUUCUUUGGGUUACUGGCAGGGCGUUUCUGCAUGUUAAAAAAAGAAUAUAUGGAGUCCUUUGAAGCUAUUUUCAAAGAACAAUAUGAUACCAUUCAUCGUUUGGAAACAAACAAACUGAGGAAUGUUGCCAAGAUGUUUGCUCAUCUACUGUACACGGAUUCAAUUCCCUGGAGCGUCCUUGAAUGUAUAAUACUGAGUGAAGAAACUACCACAUCCUCCAGUAGAAUUUUUGUGAAAAUAUUCUUCCAGGAACUCAGUGAAUAUAUGGGACUUCCUAAUCUAAAUGCAAGAUUAAAAGAUGAAACACUGCAGCCUUUCUUUGAGGGAUUAUUGCCUCGGGAUAACCCAAGAAACACUCGCUUUGCCAUCAAUUUCUUCACUUCUAUUGGCCUUGGAGGACUAACGGAUGAAUUACGGGAGCAUCUUAAAAAUGCACCAAAGAUGAUAAUGACACAGAAACAAGAUGUUGAGUCGUCAGAUUCAUCUUCAUCUUCAGAGACAGACUCUUCCUCAGACUCUGAUUCUGACAGCAGCAGUAGUAGCUCAGAGUCAUCCAGCAGCAGUGAUUCCUCAUCUACCAGUGACAACAGCAGUGACUCAGAUGUUCCUAAAGCCAAAAGAAAAAGACUGCAAAAGAAAAACAGAGAUUCUGAUAAAGUUUCCAAAAAAAAACAAGAAAGGAAAAGGAAAUCACUUGAAAAGAAAAUGGGAAGGAGACAGCAAGAGGAAAGAAGUGAUACUGAGAGCAAAUCACAAAGAAAUCACCGAAAUUUCAGAGAAUCACCCAGGAGAGAUGACGUAUCAAAAUAUCAUCAGAGAGAUGAGUCCAAUGACAGAGACACUUACCAUAGUGGAAAGGAUAGGAACCAUGAAAGAAGUAAGGAUCUAGUAAAUAAACACAGUAAUUCAAAACCAAAGAAAGCAGAGAGAAGAGCUUCUUUGUCUGAUGAUGAAAAUUACAGGCACUGGAGCAAAGAUAAUGGACAUCGCAGUAGAAAAAGAGAAAGAUCAAAAUCCAGAGAGAGAGGCCAUAAUAAUUCAAGUCCGAGAGAGGACGAACAGGAUGACCAAUACAGAAACAGUUCAGAGAAGCACAGAGAGAAAUACAGCCGUUACUCUGACCAGCACAGAGAAUCCAGAAAAAACGAGGACAGACGAAGGGAGAAUUCCCCACACAGACGAAAAUAAUACCUAACCAGAGCUUGACACGUGCAUUUCUGAGCUGUUAAAACUGUAUUUUAAAAUCUAUUACUGAACUUUCUUAAAAAAAAAUUUUGUACAAAGUGAUAGUUUGCAUUUGUAAAUUUUAUCAGACUUUUUCAAAUUUUUCAGUGCCACUUUUUUAUAACUAUUGCGUUGAGUGUUUCUCUUCAGUUCUUCCUUUGGAAAGACAAAGCAGUUUAUUUUGUGAAUAAAACGAUUAAGAUCUCAGCAAAAUGGGUGUUUUUGUCACUUAGUGUCAAGUAUUUGUAAUUGUAACUAUAGUCUUAAAAAUAUGGGGUUUAACUUUGCUUGUAAAUUGAAAGUCAGAUACUGAGGAUAGGGUGAUAAAUGCAAAAAUUUCAGAUUACAAUGUGAAUGUUAUGUGAGAAGGUGUUAUAAAAAUUUUCAAAAAUCAGCAUGAAUGCUGCAGGCAUUCUGUAGCUGUUUAUUCUUUCAACCUCGCAAACAUGAAAGCAAGUUUGAGCAAAAUUUUCUGGAAAUACUUCAGCCAAUGAUGUUUUUUUUUUUUUUUUGUCAAGAGUUAAAAUUUGGAAAAGCAAUAUUGCUGUUUUAAAUGUCACAUUUGAAAGUGUGUCAACUUGUUCUGUUACUUUUCACAAUGUUUUUUAAUAUUGCAACAUCCUGAGCUAGAUACACAUGUGAUCUUAGGGGAAAAAAUUGGGUUGUUUGGGUUUAUUUUUUUCAAGUAUGAGUUUGAUUUUAAAGUCAUAGACUUCAAUUCUAACCCUAGAAAGGAGGUGUUUAAGGAAUAUCUUUCCCAGUAUAAUAAAAAGUAAGAAAUCAAAAUAAGAGGUGUUUCAGAUCUUUAGAUGUUUUGAAAUAUAUGACUUGAAGUGCACAAGUUUAUUGGAGGCAAAGUUUGGGGGGGGGGGGGGGGGGAGGGGAAAUUCAGUUGCUGCAGCAGUUCAUAUUAUAAAUUGUUCUACCUGGAGUCAUCUGAAGCAAAUAGCUCAAUGUUCAUUGUAUGAGUAAUGAAUCAAAAUCAUCUGGUUAAGACUUUAAAUCUCAUCUGUAACUAAGGAAAAUUUUGCAAGUCUUUCGGCAUGAAUUAGGAAAUAGUGUGGACAUGGUCACUAGGAAAGAUAGAGGUGAUAGCUGUAUAUUAUGCAAUUGUUGAUGCUGCAAGACAACUUUUUUUUUACUUUGAAGACAAUUGUUGGGCAUAUGACAACUUGCCCUUUUAAUGUGGAAAUCAUAUUUAAUCCUGUAUAAAGCAUAGAAAGUAUUUUCGAGCUGUUUUAUAACAGAAAAUAGAACAAUUCCUAAGGAAAUACAUCAGUUUUGCCUAAAGCUUGUCACAGCAUUUUUUUCUAAGAAAAAUGUCACAUUUUUUAAAUGUUUUCUCUGUAUUUAACAGAAUUUAUUUCCACAAGCUUUCAUGUAAUAAAACAUUUUCAGUCAAACAUUUGCAUGGCAAAGAAAUUCAUGUUGCAGAGAAAAAAAUAAGGUUUCUAUCUUGUUAUACCACAUAGCUUAAAAUGCCUUAGUGGCAUCAUGAGGUAUAUGUUUAAACUGGUGGGUUUUUGUCCCACGCACUUCUCAUUUUCAAAAUGAUUUGUGCAUUUUGGCAGUGUGUGUUAAUUCCAGGAGAACUUAAUUUGAAAGAAUGCUUUUAUAAAAGAAUUCUGCUGAUAACUGUUAUACUGUUUUGAUAGCUCUCUACGAAUAUUAUUGAAAAUUAUAUGUACUUUAUAAAGGUUUAAUUGUAUGAACUUAGUUUACCUAGAGUAAUACUUCUCUUACUGUUAUGGGUUUAAUAGCAUAGAUUUUUAUUAACCCAUAGCUUUUGAGAUAUUCUGUUAAGUCAAAAAGCUUCUUAAUUACAUCUUUAAUAAAUGGAAAUACAUUAAAGCAAAUGUGGAAACAAAACCUUUAUUAAAAAAUAAAACGCUUGAUGUCAGACAUGCUGAUCAGAAAAUGCCA